UCCAUCUUCCUGAUUAAUCCAACUCUCUCUCUCUCUCUCUCUCUCUAAAAACCCUUUUUUCUUCUAAUCAAGUGGUUCUCCGAUUAAGGGAAAUACAUAUUGAUGAUGGAUGUUGAAGGCAACAGCAACAGCUCCUCCUCCACCACACAAAGUGAUGAAGAGAUGAUGGUUGACUUAAGAAGAGGUCCAUGGACUGUUGAAGAAGACUUCAAGCUUAUCGAUUACAUUGCUACUCAUGGUGAGGGACGCUGGAAUUCUCUGGCUCGCUGUGCAGGCCUCAAACGAACUGGAAAGAGUUGCAGAUUAAGAUGGCUCAACUAUCUAAGGCCUGAUGUUCGACGUGGAAACAUUACUCUCGAAGAACAACUCAUGAUCCUUGAACUUCAUUCUCGAUGGGGCAAUCGAUGGUCUAAAAUUGCACAACACUUGCCAGGGAGAACCGACAAUGAAAUCAAGAAUUAUUGGAGAACCCGAGUACAAAAGCACGCAAAACAACUUAAAUGUGACGUGAAUAGCAAGCAAUUCAAGGACACCAUGAGAUACCUAUGGAUGCCUAGGUUAAUUGAAAGAAUUCAAGCUGCGGCAGCUGCCACCAGCAGCAGCACUGCCACAUCUGCUUCCCCGGCUGCUUCCACUAAUCACCACUUGAUCAAUAAUAAUGACGUUGGCACUGGUAACUUGGUCAUGCCACAUGGAGUCAUCGGCAAUGACUUUGGUGUCUCACAUGUUACACCAAGUUACACCCCGGAGAAUUCCAGCACUGCUGCCUCGUCGGACUCGUUUGCUGCUCAAGUUUCGCCUGUUUCGGACUUGACUACUGAUUAUUACUAUAUCCCGGUUAAUCAUAACCCUAAUCCGGAUUAUUUCCAAGCUGACCAAGGUGGUUACUCAGAGUCCAUGAUCAGUCCUGCUGGUUAUUUUAACCAAGGAUUAGAUUUCCAAGCUAUGGAGCACAACAGCAAUCAAUGGCUAAUGGAAAGUGGAGACACAUCGGACAACUUGUGGAAUCCUGAGGAUAUUUGGUUCUUACAGCAGCAGAUGAAUUACAACAUGUGAAAAUAGAUGUAAGAUGGGUGAGAGUGAAGGUUAAAAUGUAGAGAAAAUACAAUAUCAUGGGGGCUAUUAUCGCUAGCUAUAGAAUAAUCAAGGAUUCUUGUAGAAUUUGUGAUAGAAAGAGGGUAUGAUUGUGGAUUAUUCGCUUUGUGUUUCUUUCUUAUUAUUAUUUUAGUUGGUGCAUGGGGAAUUUGUAAUUUGAGGUUUUUUUAAUCUCAUUCUUUAACAUUAACUUAACUCUCUCUUUUUUCACCA